GAGAUCUCAUUCAGUAUUUAUUUUGUUUCCUUUCAGUUGAAAGUCGCAGGCGACGAGAAGAUGACGUAAUGAUGCCAAUGAUGGGGGAGGGAAUGAACCCGGAUGUUGGGCCACGCCCAGGGAUGAUGAACAAGAGGCACUUCCCUCCAGGUCCUCCUGGAGGUCCUCAUGGGAUGCCCCCUGUGUCAGGAGCCCCUCCAUUUAUGCCCCCUCGUCCUGACGCCGCAAUGGGCCCUCCCCCGUCAGGAGCACCCAUGCCUAUGCAUGUUCCCCCAGGAGGUCCCGUUCCGCCUGGAAUGCCCCCUCCCUUUAGACCCAUGACAGGCCCAGACGGACGUCAUCAUCCCGAGGGUGCACCCCCCGGAAUGCCUCCGCCCGGUAUGCCCCCUAUGCCUGGUAUGGGAGGCCCGCCACCCCACGGAUUUCCACCCGAGAUGGGAAUACCGCCAGACGGGAUGCAUCCGCCGUUUGAUCCAGCGGGAUUUCCAGGUCGCCCUGGUUCAAUGAGCAUGCGUGGAAGAGGUCGCGGGCGCAUACCGAUGGCAGGACCCGCGGGGGUACCACCCGGGAUGCCCCCGGCCGGAGAAUUUCCGCAGGGAAUCGACGAAAGGGGACCCAGGCCAUUUGAAGAAGGAGCAGCGUUCUUCCCUGGAGAUCCAAACCAACCUUUUCACCCGAUGAUGGGUCCACCUCCCGGCAUGCCGUGGGAACCGGGAAUGGGCCGCGGGUUUCCUCCGGGAUUUCGCGAGGGUUUCCCGGGAACCAUUGGAAGACAAGGAAGCGAAAGCCCGGGAGAUGAUGAUAGCGAGUUUGGCAGUAGCGAUGAAGACAGAAAGCGGGAUCGGGAUUCUUCACACAGACGGCGGGACAGAGAUCGAGAAAGAACCCGAGAACACAGGGAAAGAAAUCGCGACCGUGACAGGUCUCCGCGGAAAGAGCGUGACCGUGACCGCGACCGUGACAGGCGUGACCGGGAAAGGAGGCAUCGAGACCGUGACAAGGGGGGAGACCGCGAGAGACGCGAGGAACGUUCGUCGCGAAAAGACAGAGAUAAAUCGAAAGAACAACGAGAAAAAAAAAGACACAGUAAGACGGCGGGCUCAGAAACGUCCGGCGGCCCGGAAGAGGGAGAGCUGGUGCCAACUAAGAAAAAGAGCAGAAGAACUCGCGAGUCAAAGGAACCGAAAAAUGAAAAUACUGAACCGCGAGAGGAAGGUCAGCGUACUCCUACACCGUGAUCAUGUGGACGUUGUUUGGAGAGACGUAAAGUGUCUCUUAGAACUUCUCAUUGCACUAGAUUUGACAGUUGCAGUCGGAUCUUAAUGCUUAUAUUUAUCAAUGUCAGUUUAUGUCUUCCUCUUACGAAGUGAUUCAGGAGCGAGACAUGAAGACGUUUGUGUUAUCACGGCUGGAGAACUUUCCUAGGAGUACUGUGGUCGACGAGUAAACAGCCAUCUGUUUUCGAGCGAUAGACGUCUGGGAUGCAAGCCGAAAUUUUUUUUACAGAUGACGAAGCUCUGUCGUUAGGAUACAAAGACACAGAGUCGAGUGGUGCCGCUGUGUCGUUGUUACUCGCCCUCAGUUGUGGAUUUUCGCGCGCAAAUAACAUCUAUUAAGAAACAAUGCGGAAUUUUUCAGGUCGACUUUUCGACGUUUCAGAAUGGAGCAAACGAAGAACUUUCCGUUUAUACCGUCUAUGAUUCCACUAUAUUUUUACGCUGUCGUUUGUAAAUAAGUUUGCUUGAGCAUCAGUUGAACGCUUUUAAUAGCUAAUAUCUUGACUCCAGUUCCUGUCGUUUCCUAACCAUUUUGAACCUCUUGCCUCAUCUGUCGUCACCUGGUAGGUCACGCAACGCUCUCUCUGUUGCGUGACGACUCGUAGUUGGUUUGACACUGAAUUGUAAAAAUUGUGACAAUUUCUCACCCGUGUUGCGUUAAAUACAUGUAGUCUUUUGUAUCCGGGCGAGUUUUUCCGCCCUCCUUA